AUGAGUGCUGAGCAAUUUGACGAGUCCAUUAGAGGUGCCUUGCCUCGUGACUUCGCUUGGGGUUUUGCCACAGCGGCAGCCCAAGUUGAAGGUUCGUGGAACAAGGACGGCAAAGGCGUUUCGAUAUGGGAUACCUUUGCUCAUACUCCAGGCAAGGUCAAAGAUGGCAGUACUGGUGACGAUGCUGUCAAGUCUUAUGAUCUUUACCAGACUGAUAUUGAGUGGCUUCGCAAGUACAAUGUCACAGGUUAUCGGUUCUCACUUUCAUGGUCUCGAAUCAUCCCUAUGGGCGGGAAGGAUGACCCCGUCAAUGAGGAGGGUAUAUCAUACUACAAUCGCUUAAUCGAUGAGCUUCUCGCCAACAAAAUCACACCAUUCGUCACUCUCUUUCAUUGGGACAUCCCUCAGACGUUGGAAGAUCGUUAUGGGGGAAUGCUAGACAAGGAUGCAUACACUCCCGACUUUAUUAGGUAUGCGCGGGUAUGUUUUGAGCGGUUCGGGGACCGCGUCAAACACUGGAUCACAUAUAAUGAGCCUGGCGUCUAUUCUCUCGCUGGUUAUGCCGCUGGGGUACAUGCUCCUGGUCGAUCCAGUUUCCGUGACCGUAAUGAAGAGGGAGACAGCAGCACAGAACCCUUCAUCGUCAGUCACACGGAACUCGUGUCGCAUGCAUACGUUGCCGAUAUGUAUAAGCGCGAUUUUAAACCCAAGCAAAAUGGAAGUAUCAUGAUCACGCUUCAUGGCAAUUGGUCUGAGCCAUGGGACGUCGAUGACCCGCUAGACCAAGAAGCGGCGGAACGAGCUAGGGAGUUCGAGAUCGCCUGGUUCGGCGACCCUUUGUACAAGACAGGGGAUUACCCGGAGUCUAUGCGUGCACAGCUGGGUGACCGUCUCCCAAGAUUCACACCGGAAGAAAGCAAGCUUGUACUGGGAAGCUCAGAGUUCUAUGGCAUGAACUCGUACUCAGCCUUUUACGUCCGUCAUCGCGACGGGCCUGCUGAUAUUAAUGAUCAUCUAGGCAACGUCGAGAAGCUUGCUGAGAAUAAGAAAGGUGAAUGGCGGGGUCCCAUGAGCGACACCUACUGGCUGCGAACCGCGCCCUGGGGCUGGGCCAAGCUGCUGCGCUGGAUCUGGAACCGCUAUGGCAUACCAAUCUACAUAACCGAGAAUGGGACCACGGCACAGGGAGAGCAUGAAUGGAAGCCUGAUGGCCCUGAUGAUGUUUUGGAAGAUCUCUUUAGGGUUGACUUUUACAAGAGCUACCUCACAGAAGUCGCCAAAGCAUCACAGGAAGGUGUUGUGAUUAAAUCAUAUUUUGGGUGGACCUUUACAGAUAACUGGGAAUGGGCCGCUGGUUUCUCGGACCGGUUUGGGGCAAUAUGGAUCGAUUUUGAGUCUGAAGAUAAGACGAGUUUUGUUACUGGCAAAACUACCCUUUGGGUGACCACUACAGCAUCUGCUCCAGUAGUGACCUCGGACCCAACCACAAUUUACUGCAAAAUUCGAGGUUAUGCCAAAUCCUCCGAAUAUAUUCUGUUCCAAAAAAAUCCCUUUCCCAACGUUGGCUUCUCUACCUGCAAGAGCUAUUGCUUAGACCAACAGGACGACAUUCCAGUUUACGGUUUUGGCUUUACUUCUACUGGUUGUUACUGCUAUAACGAGCCAGUAUCUGAUGCAAUUGAGCCGAACAAGGAACUGGUGGCUAUAAAUUAUGAUAUGUCCUGUGAUUUUGCAGACCAGCCUGUCAAGCGGGAAUUACAGGAGCGUGCUGCCAAGACUACACCAGUGCCAAGCUUCUUGCCCAACAAAACGCCCAGUGUCGUCAGCAGUGCUUGUUCUUGCUUAAUCACCAAACCUGCUGCUCGUCAGACCUUCAGCGUUUUUGCCGACCCUACGACUAUCCAAGCUACAAUGACAACUACCAAGGUAGUAACGAUCAACAAGAAGAAGACUACUCUUUCUACUACACGCCAGACUGUUACCUCAACAGUUUUGACCACUUUGAUAGCGACAGGAACUCAAAGUGUAACCAGAACUCAGCAUACAACCAGUACUAUUACCAAGCCGGUUACUGUCUUUAUCACAAACUUUAACACAGUUACUGUGAUACAGACUGUUACAUCUUCUACGGUGAAGACUGAUACUAUCCCUGUUACCAAGGUUAAUACUGUCCCAUGGACUCGCCUUAGCACUAUUCUUGUUACCAAGGGAGUCACCACUACGGUCGUGCGAACUGCCCCGACUCCGCAAAUCGUCACGUCUACUGUUACGCAAGAAGGAUCUAUCAGUACUUAUGUCCCCGAAAUUACAAUUUGGGGUACUGAUGAGCCCGAUUCCACGACCGAAGAUGCCACAACUACACGUGCAAUUAUUCCUCCUCCAAAUUCAUCUUUUAGCGCGUCUGUGCAAACACCUGUCACACCGUCAAGGUCGGGUACGUCUAUGAUCGCAGCUGCGACCACUCCAGGUUCGAGUGCUUCGACGACUACUCCUGGCUGGCAGCUUCUGGACAACAACGCUGCGGCUAUCAGCAUUGUUGCUGACGGCUCUGAUCUCUACGAGCUCCAUAGCUCUGGUUUCAUCUGGCUCUACACAGGUACCCCUAUUACCGGUUGGCGACUAUUAGGCAACAAGGCUUCAACUACCAAGAUUGCUGCCUCAAAGGGUAAUCUCUACCAACUUCGCAAUACUGGUGAGAUUUUCAGGUAUACCGGUACUCCAGUCACGGGUUGGCAGUUGGUCGACAACAACGCUGCCGCUCUUGAUAUCCUAGCCAGCGGCAACGACCUAUACCAACUGCACGAAUCAGGAUUCAUCUAUAAAUACACGGGCACUCCUAUAACCGGAUGGCAACAGUUGGGCAAUAGCAAGAAUACCAUGAGAAUUGCCGCUUCCGGGGGAAACCUCUACCGACUCGACAAUGACGGCACUAUCUGGAAGUAUAAUGGAGUACCUCUCACUGGAUGGGAUAAGUUAAGAGCCUCAAACUCAGGGAUCAAGGACAUUGUAGCACGCAAUGCUGAUCUCUAUGAGCUUGACAAUAAUGGAAAUAUCUGGCAGUAUACUGGCGUUCCGAUCACCGGCUGGAGGCAACUAGAUAACAACUUUCGGACGACGCAGAUUACUGCCGGAGCUGGAGGGUUUUAUCAGCUUCAUAACUGGGGGGCUAUUUGGCAAUAUACCGGCACGCCUUUCACUGGCUGGAAGCUACUAGAUGCAAACGCUACCUCCACCUACAUUACCGCAGGGGACUCACUCUACCAGCUUCGAACCACUGGUUUUAUCUUCAAGUAUAACGAAUAG